AUGUCGUCACGAACCAAAAGUAAACCUGCACUGGAACGUCGCUUCACUUCUCCAACAGUAGUUCCGUUAUCGCCGAUUAAUGUCGUCGGUACCGAAGAAAUACCCUUACAAGAACCAGCACCCCCAGCAAUAGUAAAUGCCGAAAUAACAAGACUUCACAAAGAGUUGGUUGCUGCCAUAAAAUCCAAUAAAAAACAUUCCUCGAAAGUAGCGCGACUGGAAUCAGAGGCAAAAACUUUUCGGGCUUCCAUAACGAAACUUACUUCCGAGAAACAGGAAAUACAAUCGAAAAAAGAUGAAAAAAGCAAUGGACUCUUGCAGGAGAAUACUUCAUUGAAAUCGAAGUUCACCGCCGCGCAAAAAGAACUUGUUCGUCUACGUAGGAAAAACGAAGAGCUCGCCAAUGGGGCGGGUGGUAUUAAAGGUGGAAAAUCGGAAACACAAACGACAGACGUGGAAUCCUUGCGUAAUGAAUUAAAACAAGUUCAGAAUGCGAAUAAAAAUUUCAAAAUGGAAGUGAAGAAAUUAUCGACUGAUUUUGAACAAGCCAAACAACAGAGUGAUGAAUAUAAACGACAAAUGAUGAGAACGGAGAAAGAAUGCAAUGCAUUGAAAGAAAGCAAUAAAAAAUUAACAAUGGAGAAGAAUCGGAUUGAACGAGAACAUAAAGAAUCAAGACAACAAGUUGAUCAGUUGACUUCUCGAAAUCAACAACUGGUUCAAAAAAGUUUAAACCUUGGUGCGGAAAAAAGUAGAUUGAAAUCAGAUUUAAAUUCACAACAAGAUGAAUACGUGCAAUUGAGACAAACAAAUAGAAAACUUGCAAGUGAAAAGAAUAGUCUAAAACGUCAGAGUGGAACAUUUAAUUUUAAAAUUGAUCCAAACCUAUUAGCUAAAGAUCCAGUUACAAAGGGGGAUAGUAGUAGUAGUCGUUCUAUGUCGGAAAUGGGGGACACGACAAUUGCCGUUGAAUUGGAAAAUGCUAAAAACGAGAUUAAUGAACUACGAAAACAAAUCUCAAUAAUACAAAACGAAGGUAAAUCAUUAACAGAAACAAAUCAGCAGCUGACCAAGGACAAAGAUCAACUAGAAAUCACAAUCAAAGAAUGCCGAGAAAAGAUCGAGGGACUUGUUGCUUACAACAAACAACUGAUCGAUGAACUUGAGAAUCUAUCAACAACACAUCAACAAUCAGAAAUAAAUAGUAAUUCACGUGAAGCCGAGUUAUUAUCAAACAUACAAGAAUUGACAACACUCGAUGCUCAAGUACAAAAAGAAAUAUCAAAGCUUCGACAAGAUUUUGAAUUGAUGAAGGACAAUAAUAUUCUUUUAACCAACAAAAAUGAGUACCUGGAAAGAACAAUCACAGAAUCACGCGAACAGAUUGAACAACUCGCAUCACGUAAUCAACAAUUACGAGAAGAAAGUAAUAAUGUAACGACUCAAUAUGGUGAACGUGUAAGUUAUAGUAACGGGCGCGAGAAACAAUUGAAUUUACGUAUCAGUGAUUUAGAACAAUUAAACAAACAGCUUCAAGAUCAAAUUAAUCUCACUAACCAAACACGUGAUUCAAUUCAACAAAAUUAUUCGCAAUUCGAACGCGAGAUUCAUGAUUGUCGUAAUCAGAUUGACCGACUAUCUUCACAAAAUCAGAAUCUAGUGGAAGAGUGCAAUAGUCUCACAAACAAAUAUACCACAUCGCUCGGAUCAGAUUCAAGUCGUAAUGCUACAAAUUCAAUUGUUCAAAUGUCAGGUGAUCUUUCAAUAAAAGUCAGUGAAUUACAGCAGCAAAACGAGGAACUUGAUAGGAAACUAGCGGAUGUGAAACGUGAACGAGAUGAAGCGAAAGGAACAUAUCUUGUUCGUACGGCUAAAAUGCAAGCUCAAAUUAAAGAGUUAAAGAAAGAAGCGAGUCAAUAUCGAUUCGCGUUGGCAAGUCGAACCGAUCUUUCCGCAGUAUGA